UUUAAAAUGACAAUUUUCUAUUGGUUGGUGAACCUACUAGGAGGUGAACCCAAGACUAACUCCCCUAUUUUUCCUGGCAAAAGGAUCAUUAAGUUUUUAAUUAAUUAAAUUUUCAAUUAGUUUUAAUCUCUUUUUUUUGUAACCGUUUUAUCUUUUUCUUAGUAACUCUACUCUAUCACAAACAUAUCAUUCUUUUGUUUUCAUAGAUUUAUCUGUGUAUUUAAACAUAUGGAUAAUUUGAUGUAAAAAAGCAAUGUGGAUAAAUGAUGUAAUUAACAGAGUAAACUUAUAUCCAGUCCUUAUUGUUCGCUAUUAUCUUCUCCUUGAUAAUCAAAAUAUUCAAAGAAAAUCUCUUAAAUACUGAUUUAUCCGUAAUGUUUAUCUAAAAUGAUCUAAGUCAACCAAAAAACCGGUGAAAAAAUAUUCUGUGAAUAUCAUAGUUUAUCCAAAACCCUCUCAACUCAUCUAUAAAAGAAACACAACUCUACAUCGAGUCAAUGUACUAUAAAACCUUUAGGGUAUACACAUAACAAUUAGAUACAAAGAGUAAGAUAGAGAUAACAAUGGCCGUGGGUGUGAUGGAUAUCGAAGAAGGUGCUGCUUCCUUACCUGGAAAGACGACUUUUCAAGUCGUCAUGUGCAGUAUCAUUGCUGCUGUUGGUGGUCUCAUGUUUGGUUAUGACAUCGGAAUCUCAGGAGGUGUGACGAGUAUGGACACUUUUUUACUAGAUUUUUUCCCUCACGUGUACGAGAAGAAACACAGAGUACACGAAAACAACUACUGCAAAUUCGAUGACCAGCUUUUGCAGUUGUUCACUUCUUCUCUCUACUUAGCUGGUAUCUUCGCCAGUUUUGCCGCUUCCUUCUUAUGCAGAAGGUUCGGAAGAAAACCUAUAAUCAUGUCCGCCUCCAUCUUCUUCCUCCUCGGUGCUAUUCUCAACUACUUUGCCCGAGAUCUCGGCAUGUUGAUCGGUGGUCGUAUUCUCCUUGGCUUCGGUAUCGGUUUUGGUAAUCAGACUGUUCCAUUGUUCAUCUCGGAGAUUGCACCCCCUAGAAUCAGGGGAGGGCUAAACAUCGCGUUUCAGCUUCUCAUCACCAUUGGAAUCCUAGCAGCGAGUUUUGUGAACUACUUAACCUCCACAAUGAAAAACGGCUGGAGAUACUCUCUCGGUGGUGCGGCUGUUCCCGCCUUGAUCCUCUUGAUAGGGUCCUUCUUCAUCCACGAGACUCCAGCUAGCCUCAUAGAGCGCGGCAAAGACGAGGAAGGGAAGAAAGUCCUGAGGAAGAUCAGAGGCAUCGACAACAUUGAACUCGAGUUCAACGAGAUCAAACGCGCCACUGAGACUUCAAACAAAGUGAAAAGCCCUUUUAAAGAGCUCUUCACCAAACGCGAGAACAGACCGCCACUUGUGUGUGGAACGCUGCUUCAGUUCUUCCAACAGUUUACAGGAAUCAAUGUGGUUAUGUUCUACGCUCCGGUUUUGUUUCAGACCAUGGGGAGUGGUAACAACGCUUCUCUGGUGUCUACGGUUGUCACGAACGGUGUGAACGCACUCGCUACGGUUUUCGCCGUCAUCAUGGUUGAUAGGCUCGGUAGAAAGUUCUUUUUGGUUGAAGGAGCAACUCAAAUGAUGGCUACACAGUUAACUAUUGGAGCCUUGCUCUUAAAAUACUUACACCUAGUUGGACCUAUUACAAGUCACGCCGUGCCACUUAUAGUACUGAUCCUCAUCUGCAUCUACGUGUCUGGUUUUGCGUGGUCGUGGGGACCAUUGGGAUGGCUUAUUCCGUCUGAGAUCUAUCAACUUGAGGUGAGAACCACAGGUUACUUCUGUGCAGUGGCGAUGAACAUGGUGUGCACUUUCGUUAUCGGACAGUUCUUCUUGUCGGCGCUCUGCAGAUUCCGAUCGGGAUUGUUCUUCUUCUUUGCGGUCAUGAAUGUUAUCAUGGGACUGUUUGCAAUCUUCUUUCUCCCAGAGACCAGAGGUGUUCCUAUUGAGGACAUGGCCGAGCAGCGUUGGAAGAAGCAUUGGCACUGGAAGAAAUAUUUCAAGCAGAACUGAUUUUUUUUUUCUGUCUUGUUGCUCGUAGAAUUCUUAAAUUUGGAAUUUAGGCGGGUUGUUCGCAUCCUGUUCGAGAGUUUAUUAGUUAUAAAGACUUAAUGUUUUCUUUUUUGCAAUUUAUAUAACUUGUGAAGUUUCUAAUUUUAGACACCUUUUCUUUUCUUUUUAAAAUUUAUCAU